UCCCAACCCUACUUUUUAACAGUCGCUCCUCCAUUUCUCUCUCUCUCUCUCUUUAACCUUCAACUGCAAAUCAAACCAACUUCUCCUCCUUCAUCCUCCUCUCUCUCUCUCUCUCACAUGAGCGAUUCGUGCUAGGUAGCUGCUGCAGGCGGAGAGGGAGAGAGGACAUGGGCAAGUACAUUCGCAAGGGGAAGGCGGCGGGCGAGCUCGCCGUCAUGGAGGCCACGCAGUCCUCCCUCGGCGUCCGCACUCGCGCCAAAACCCUAGCCUCCCAGCGCCUCCAGAAGUCUCCCCCGGCGGCGGCGGCGGCGAAUCCUCAGGCUACUCCUCCUCCGCCGCCCCCGCCGGCGCCUCCCGCGACGGCCAGCUCCGGCUCCUACCUCCAGCUCCGGAGCCGGCGGCUCCCGAAGCCGCCGAUCCUCGUCCGGAGCCACUACUCGAGGCGGCAGAGGAAGGUCGGCUGUGGAGCCUCCUCGGCCAAGAGCCCUAGCCCCGGCUCGAGCCCUAACCCUAGAGCGCGCUCGAGGUUGAGAGUCGGCCCGAUGGAGUCGGUCGGGUCUUACUUGAGCAACAGCGCGGGUGGGAACAAGGACAAGAGCGGCGAGGAGGCCAAGGAUGGGAUUCCCAGGGAGGAAAAUGCGGUGGGGAACGACAACGAGUGUAGCAGUAAUGCUGAUUUGGGGGUUGGAGAGGCUUCUUUCGGCGACAACGUUUUGGAGUUUGAAGGCAGAGAAAGGAGUACUAGGGAAUCGACACCCUGCAGUUUGAUUAGAGACCCUGAAGUUGUGAAAACUCCUAGUUCUACUACCCGGCCCACCACCUUAACUGAGACUAACCGAAGAAUACAUAACGUUGGCGGCAGACAUAUCCCGACGACACAUGAAAUGGAUGAGUUCUUUGCUGGUGCAGCAGAAGAUCAGCAGAGAAAUUUUAUUGAGAAAUACAACUUUGACCCGGUGAAUGACAAACCACUGCCAGGACGCUUUGAGUGGCAGAAAUUGGAUCCAUAGGAGAUGCUGCAACUCUUCAGUAGUAAUCAUCCUGUGAAUUCUAGGCCAUUGUUUAGCUCUAGGGCUCGAGAAGUAGCAGGAAGUAAGUUUAGUCGGUGAAUGCGGUGGCGUUAAUUUCCAUUUUCCAUCGCCCCCUUCUUUUUUACUUUGUAAAGAAAAGAAGUAGGACGCGAAGAUUGUGUAGACUAAUGAUCUGUAACAUAACAGAGGGUUAUGAGUGCAGACUCGUAACAAAAGAAAAAACAAAUCCAAAGUCCUUUGGCUAACAGAUCAUCCAUGUGAUAGGGGAAGGGGAUGUGGGAACCUUGUUAGGUGUAAGCUUCAGGGUAAACCUUUUUAGUCAACUAGGUCUUCUCUCUCUCUCUCUCUCUCUCUCUCUCUCUAUUCUCUUUUGGUACAGAAGUCUCCAAAAUUUGCUCUUCCUUGUUUUCUCUUUUCUUCUUCUUCUCUCUUGUAAUGUAUCUCUUUUUUCUCUCUUUGUUUGUCCAUACUUGUACUGAUGGAACCCUAAAAGAAGCUCCUUUGGAAUAAACAUGACCCAUAUUUGCCCCCCCUCCCUUCUCUCAUGUUUCUCUUGUCGUUUGUUCCAUCAUCUUCGGCUCUUCAACUGUUAGAAAGAGCUUUGGCCUCUUCUUGUUUGCCUUUGAGAUGAGUGCAUGAUCUAGAUUACUACGUGAUUCCUGCCGUUCUUGUUGGA